UCUUCCCAGAUUCCACAGAUUUGUCAGCAUUUUGGAAUUAGUCGCUUUCUUACCCAAAAGUUGAGCUGGAGCUUGGUGAACAAGUUCCCUCACCACAACUUCAUUUGGGAAGGGCUGGAUGGCAGCACUGUCCUUGCUCACUUCCCACCUGGAGACUCCUAUGAAAUGAAUGUCAAUGUUGACGAGGCCAUAAAGACAGUCAAUAAUCUUGAGGAUAAAGGUCGUGUCUCAACUUCCGCCUUCCUGUACGGCUAUGGAGAUGGAGGAGGCGGACCUACGAGAGACAUGCUGGAGAGAGCCAGGCGACUGAAGGAUGUGGAUGGAUGCCCAAAGAUGGAGCACAUGUCUCCUGAUGACUUCUUCCGGCGUUUGGAAUCGGAGAAGCACAACUUGUGUCGCUGGGUGGGAGAGCUUUACCUUGAGUUACACAAUGGCACUUACACAUCACAGGCUAACACUAAACGUUUAAACCGCGAGUGUGAAUUUGCACUCAGGGAUGCUGAAUUGUUUCUUGCUAUCACUGCUAUGAAAGGUGGCCUAGACAGGCAAACAAUAUACAGACACCAUGAUGCCCUUGUUGAUGCCUGGAAGAAGGUCCUGCUCAACCAGUUUCAUGAUGUGCUACCGGGAACCAGUAUUGGCAUCGUGUACAAAGACAGUGACCAGCUCUACAGAGAAGCCUUGACUGCUGCUGCGAAGACCAGAGUUGCAUGUUUGCCACACAUAAUGCAUGAGUCUGCCCAUCAAGGAUCCAGAGAGCAAGCUGUGGCAGUGAACACUCUCCCUUGGCAAGUGCAUCAGGUCAUCAACCUCAAGGAGGACUGCGAUGAACCGACCAGGAAGCGCAUGCGGGUAGAAGGGGAUCUGAAUGAGGCUGCUGGUGGAGGCCACUAUGUUGCCGUAGAAAUGCAAGGCAUUGGGUGGUCAAAACUCACCCCCAUAAACCCUCCAGCUGUGAAAGUUUACCGCGAGUGUGAAUUUGCACUCAGGGAUGCUGAAUUGUUUCUUGCUAUCACUGCUAUGAAAGGUGGCCUAGACAGGCAAACAAUAUACAGACACCAUGAUGCCCUUGUUGAUGCCUGGAAGAAGGUCCUGCUCAACCAGUUUCAUGAUGUGCUACCGGGAACCAGUAUUGGCAUCGUGUACAAAGACAGUGACCAGCUCUACAGAGAAGCCUUGACUGCUGCUGCGAAGACCAGAGUUGCAUGUUUGCCACACAUAAUGCAUGAGUCUGCCCACCAAGGAUCCAGAGAGCAAGCUGUGGCAGUGAACACUCUCCCUUGGCAAGUGCAUCAGGUCAUCAACCUCAAGGAGGACUGCGAUGAACCGACCAGGAAGCGCAUGCGGGUAGAAGGGGAUCUGAAUGAGGCUGCUGGUGGAGGCCACUAUGUUGCCGUAGAAAUGCAAGGCAUUGGGUGGUCAAAACUCACCCCCAUAAACCCUCCAGCUGUGAAAGUUUGGAUGGAAAAAGACACCUUUGUUCUAGAAAACAGCUACAUACGAGCAGAGAUUAACAAAAAUGGGCAAGUGACAAGUCUGGUGCUUGCUGACCACCCAGACCAGGAUGUAUUUAGAACACCGGAUGGGUCACAGUGUGCUGGGAAUCAAUUGAUGAUUUACGAUGAUAUUCCUCUGUACUGGGAUGCUUGGGAUACUAUGGAUUAUUACUUGGAAACAGCAAAGAUCUUGAAUGAAAAGCAGAGUGGCUGCAUACUGUCAGAAAUACAAGUAAUUGAGAAUACCCCUGUGAUGGUGAGACUAGAAUGGAAAAUGAAGAUUAGUGAGGUCUCAGUCCUUAACCAAGAAAUAUCCCUGUCAGCUGUGAAUCCCUACCUAACCUUCCACACACAUGUAAAUUGGCAUGAGAAUCGCAAGUUCCUAAAAGUGGGUUUCAACACAGGCAUCAUUGCACGGGAGGCAGCUUUCGACUCACAGUUUGGCCACUUGUAUCGCCCUACUCACACGAACACUUCAUGGGACGCGGCUAAGUUUGAAGUGUGUGGCCACAAAUGGGCUGACCUCUCAGAGCAUAACUUUGGCGUAGCAGUCCUCAAUGACAGCAAGUAUGGUUGGACCGCACGUGGUAGCACUCUUAGCCUCUCCUUGCUGCGAUCACCCAAAGCCCCCGAUGACCGAUGCGACAUGGGCAAACACUCCUUCAAAUAUGCUCUUAUGCCCCACAGAGGAACACUGCAGAGUGCUGGUGUGCCUCAGAGAGCAUAUGAAUUCAACACAAAUCUGAUAGUUUUCACAGCAAAAUUAUCAAGAGAUAGUGAUAUCAAGGUGGAUUGGUUCAGCGUGAUUGGGGAGGGAGUCAUGAUUGAGGCUGUGAAGCUGGCUGAAGACAAAACUGGGGAUGUUGUGGUGCGCCUGUAUGAAAUGCAAGGGGGAAGCCACAGAAUAUGGUUGAAAGCAACAGCCAUUCCUCCUCCAAAAGGUGUCCAUCUCUGCAAUGGACUAGAAGAAUCAUAUCAGCCACUGCCAUUUGAUGCCAGGCCAGCUAAUGUGGGACAGGAUAAUAAGUACUUCUAUAUACCUCUUACCUUCUCUCCAUUCAAGAUUGUGAAUGUUCGCUUCAGAUAUGCCUAAGUCCCACGUCUAUUUUAUACAAAACAGGAAUCUUUUUAAGCUUCCUGGAGAAUUAAGCUCAUCUUUUUUUAAUGUGUCAUACUACUCACUCUUGCAUGUGUGUGUGUGUCCUACUGAAGUGUUAAGAGAAUGGUAAUUAUGGCAAAAGAUUGAGGUUUAUGGAAAGGAUAACUGUCUUUGUUUGUUGAUUUUUAAGGGAAGUGUGAAGGUUGCAGGAUUGGGAAAAGGUGAUGGGUGACUUUGAAUUAGGUAGUUAAGUUGUCAGCUGUAGUUAUAACAUGUUGGGGAAAUACUGAGGUGUUUUGGUAUGGUUGUGUCCAUGUUCUGUAGAACUCUGGACAAAUACACUAAAAAUUAUGGUCUAUAGGCUAGUGUUAUUCUUUGUAAGAUUAUCAAAAGCACAAAUUUGUUGUUGAUUUUACUGUUGUUCCUUUAAUUUUUAUAAAAGAUAAGAUGUUUGUUGGUAAUAUGUAUUUUAAAGUUAUUUGGCAUCUGUGAUGUUUUUAUCAUUUAUUUUUCUGAUUAAACAUUAAUCUAAAUAAUCUUAUUAAAUAUAGAUUUAAUUGUCUGAAGCAAAGAUGAAAAAAUAUGUACAAAAGUGUCUAUCAUUGCAGAUUUAUGAAGCUUGUAUAAGUUAUUCCUGAAAUUUAGUGAAAGCAAUUUUUCCCCAGUUGUGAUGAUUAUUGAUUAUCAGUUAUCCUUACAUUUUACCAUUCACUAGUUUGAACUUUAUAUUUUUAUAUGUUGAGCUGUCUGUGGUGUAGAUAUAAAAGCCAUCAUGUAAGAAAUUUUACACAUUUUGUACUAACACUGUGAAUGAAGGUAAGAUUCACUGUCACUGGUGUCAUUUAUAUAAUAUCAUCUUUUACUGAAUUUUUUCUAUAUGAAACAGUUUUGCCAAAAACAUUUUUGAAAAUGUCAA